AUGAGGCUGCGGCUGCGGCACGUGGCCCUCGAAUCGCGGACGAUCAACCGAGCAAAUGCACCCCCGUCUCGCUUCAAAAUGGAAAAGCGUGCCCACUCUUGGAACUCAAUCGCUUCCCAUUUUCUCCUGUCUUUGGUCGUGACGCGAAGAUCACAAGUUGUGCAGCAGUGCAUUGCGCUUGAGAGUCGGACAUUGGUGGUCUCUGGCUUCCUGCUUGCGCUGCAGUCCUCCCCUUGGCUUCCUCCCGACGACUCGGCGGACGCGGAGGACGCGGCCCAGGGGGGACUUUGCUGCCCGGCCGAGCUGGUCGCCGGCACUGCGGCCGUCCGUGCAGCGCUGCCGGAUGCCGGGCUGCUGAAAGGCCGCCUCUGCUCUGCCGUCUCGGGCGCCUUCGCAGAGGCUCUGGGCGUGGUCACCGAGCCCUCCGUGGAGCUGGUGAUGAAGGUGCUACGUGGCUCCGUGACACACAGCCCGGUCGGGCCUGACAGCGCAACCGCAAUCUACGGGUACCUCGAGCGGGAAGGUGCCGACUUGGCAGAACUGCGAAGGAUGCCGUCCGUGGUAGUCGCGGCUGGAGAAGCAGCACGCGUCCCUGCUGAUGUAGUGUGGGAGGAUGCCAACUGCGACCUUCCGGCUUUGCAGCAACUGUACAGUGUACGGUGGCGUCGUUUUUUCGUCAUUGGCCUGGGAGUGCCCGAGCGUCCCACCGCAGAGCAGGUCCUCAGGCGCCUGGACCAGCUCAGUGCCAGCACUGCGCCGAGCGCUGCCCUCUGGCCGCUUCUCCUCCGUGUGGCAAAGGAGCUCUCAGAUCCCUCGUCAGCUGACGCAGAAGCUUGGGCCGCUUUGCCAGCGGCACUCGCGGCCCGUCGCUGUGUGCCGCUGCAGCUGGGCGGCUUGGGCGCUCCGAAAGAAGGCGUCCUCCUCGAGGACGAUGCGGAGGGUGCCGGGGUGCCGGAGGCAGCUCUGGCCACGCUGAGGGCCCAGGCGCCGCUAGCGGCCCCAGCACCCCGAAACGCCAAAGACGCGGAGCACUGGCCGGUCUUGGCCGAAGCAUUGAAGCUGCAAAGCCUGAGCACGGUGUGCUCCAUCACCUCAAUCCACGGCGGCGAGGAAAGACCGGCUCCUGUGAUUGCAAAAGCUGUUGCUUCGCUGCUGCCGCUCGCACAACGUUUCCUCAUCCACAAGCACCGAGCCGUCUAUGAUGCUGUCAAUGCAACAUGUUUGGCCGCAAAAGUGGAGAAACUCAUCGUCCGUGAAGUAGAUCCACCGUUGAAGCUUCGCUGCGUCUUCUCGGUGGUGCCUGGCCAAGAUCCAAUCCAGGCGGAGGUCGAGAGUGACUGCUACUUGGAGGUCAGGAGUGGGCAUGUGGAGCCCGCUACAUCCUAUGAAGUGCGACUGCGAAUGCUGCCCGGAGCCACACUCCCCGCGCUUUGUGUGGAGUUGGCACGGCUGCUGCUUCCUCCGGCGAAGCCAGCAAAGCAGGACGAGGCGACGGUGCGACAGACACGCGAGGCCUUGGCCACCUUUCUGGCUUCAGCAGCCUUGGCAGGAGCAUCGGGUGCCUCAUCGCUUUGCGAGGCCCUGCAGAUCCCAGCGUUGCCCAGUGAGGACUCAGCUGACUAUACGCCACCCUGGCCCAUGCCGAAGGAGGUCGCCGAGCAGCUGGAGUUGGAGCGCCGGCUGCUCGAGGCGGCGCAGGAGACUGAACCUGAGAGGCUUCUGCCUAAGGACGAGGAGCCACCUGCAGAGCCUCCGAGCAAGAGAGCGCGGACAGAGGGGCCUGAGGCCGUGGUUGCGGAGGCUGCGAUGUUGGAAGGCGUCGCAAAGGACCGCUUGGCAGAGAUGGAUCUCGGAAAGGAGGAGCACGAGACGGGCUCUGCGGCCAGAGACGAGGCGGACGGUGGUGCUGACCCGGCUUCAGGCACUGCCUUGGAAGAGGUGAGUGAGACCGAAAUGAAAGAUGCAGAGGCGUUGUUAAAGAACAUCAGCGUGAUCGACCAGCAAAUUGGGGAGAACAGUGAAGGAAAGGGCCCUGGCAAAGGAAAGGGCAAGAGCAGCGGCAAGGGAGGUGACAAACCAGGCAAGGGCGACAAGGAGCGCAGUGCAACGGAGUUGGGACGCAUCUUGGACCGGCUUCCAGGUGUCUCGAAUGCUCCGGAAGAAGAGUCUUCGGAGGCAAAGAAGGAGAAAGCGUUUAGAACUCGCGUGUACGAUUUGGAGGAUCUUCGUGCCCAGUCAAAGAAGAUGCGUCUUGGGCCGUUGCCGAGCCGGAACGACUUGCCACAGGAGGAGCGUGAGAAGGUUGGGCGUUGGGGCGAGCAGUUCGUCUACGAGUACUUGCAGAAGAAACUCGAGCAUGAGGACAGCCAAAAGCGUGUGAUCUGGGUCAACGAGGUGGAGGAGACCGGCUUUCAGUACGACCUGCGAAUUGAGGACAGCAGCAGCGGAGAUGUAGAGGCCUAUGUAGAGGUUAAGACAUCGCGCGCCAAGGACAAGCAGCUUUUCGAGAUGAGCUACAGAGAGUGGACGUUUGCGCAGAAGGAGGGAAGCAAGUUUGUCAUCUUUCGGGUUUCCAACGCUGGCAAGGAAGAUGUCGAACUCUGCUCAAUUACGAAUCCCUUCCGACAGUGGAAGGAGCUGAACUUGGGUCUCUGCUUGCGUGUCAACGUAUGCUCAGCGAAGCCACGCCGACAAGGAGCACAGGUGCAGAUCGAGCCGGCGCUUCAAGACACUAAGGUGUCGGGCAUCCGCUGGCCUUACGAGAAGGUUCGAGACGGUGUAUCGUGGCACAAAGCUUGCACCUGGCAGUGCAACAAGUGUGUCCGCGAGAGCCUGUCAUGA